AUGUUACAGAAUGGGGCGUAUGCUUUUAAAAACGGACAACUGCCCGUUACAACGAUAAACCCCCAAAUGAUCAUUGCAAAUCCGGCGAUGAAAGCGGUAACAACGGCACCGAAACAACAACAACAACAACAACAACAACAACAACAACAACAACAACAACAACAACAGAUCCGCUAUCAAGUGGGCGGUCGAUCGGCGUGGGUUGGAAUGAAUGGCAAUGGUGGAAUCGAUCUGUCGACCACUCCCGAUUCGGGAAUCCAAUCUGUGCCCGGCACUCCAAAUGCCGAGGUUCUCUCUCCUCCAACAACUGAAUUGUUGAACAGCUUCUCCGAGGAUAUCAGUGAAGAGAACGAGUCUUUUGACGAUAUGCCACUUUUGAUCCCAGCGAAUCAAGAAGAGAAUUUGUUAUCGUUGUUGAGCGAGAGCCUCCCACAACAAAUGAGCUCACGGAGUGUCGAUGAUUCAGUCGAAUCGGCAGUUCACGGCUCCGAGUGUGAGCAACCGACGAGCGGUCCCUCGUCACAUCAUUCAAUAAACAUCUCACCGAAUAUGGAUCCACAGGAAAUCGCUGAGAUCAUUGCUCAGAGAAUGGACCCAGAAAAGGUGAAAACCCUGACGAAUCUGAUGCGAAAAAAAGCAAAGCUUGUCUCGAAGGAACCUGCAAAUGAGACAUUCGAUUGGUCGGUGAAAAAAGAGGGAAAGGGAUCAAUGAUAGGAACGAAAAGAAGUCGACCAUCGAGUGGUGGAAGUGAGGAAACGAGAAGGAGUGAAGAAGAGGGGAUGGCUGCCUUCAACAAGAUUGAUGUGAAACAAGACAUUGCUCAGGAGCCGCUCAGCAAAGCUCCGAAAAUUGAAAUACAAAAGAAACGCCAACGCCAAGCGAAAAGCGUCGAUCGUGAGUCGAAUAGUCGGGCAGAGAUUCAGAACAAUGAGGAUGAAGAGAAACCGUCGACGAGCAAGUGUCAAGAGGUCGACAAUGAAGUGAAUGAUCUGCCAACGCCCAUCAAUGAACGCAUCAUCGAGUACAGAAAAGCGGCAAGAGAUCAAUUCAAUCAUUGUGUUGACGAGCUUUGGCUGAGGAUUGGAGCAGAGUUGAAGAAUUUGAGGAUAAACGAGAAAAAGAGAGAAACGCCGGCGAAAAUGAACAAAUUCCCGAUCAGAAUCAAAUGGGAUGAGAUCGAGAAGAAGUUGAAGAGAGAAACGAAAGAGAUUGAAGAGAGAAAAGCUGUGAAACAAGAACUUCUGAAGAAGAAAAAAGUGGUGGAGAUUGUGGAAGAAGUGAAAGAAAUCAAAGAACUCAAAGAACUCAAAGAACUCAAAGAAAUCAAAGAAAUCAAACAACUCAAAGAAAUCAAGAAGGAAUCAAAAGCAGGUCUUGGUCGUCCAGCAAAGAAUGGGAAACUGAAAGAAGUGAAGAUUCGAUUGCCAAGAUCCGAGCCAAAGAGAGACAGAAGUGGGACAAGAGACACAACAUUUGUAGCUGAUGGAUAUCAACACUUGGCAACAAGCACAGCCUUCGAGGGUGGCCGAGUUCCUGGAUGGAGUCAUCCACCGCCGAACACUUCAUGUGGUUGCAAGAAAGACUGCGGGGAUUCGUGUCUCUAUCGUCUCAUUCGAAUCCAGUGCACCAGCUCGUGUCAAGCCGAGAAUUGUCACAACAAGCCUUUCCUCAACCCAUGCGAUGAUCUCUAUACAAAUGAGAAAUCUCAAAGCAAAUCAAAUCAUCAUCAAAAAGAGGCCGAAAUUCAUCUAUAUUCUCGAAGAAGAAUCCAUUCUGGAGCAUUUGUGUGUGAGUUCGCUGGCGAAGUGAUCAAUCAGAAGGAAAUGGAAAAAAGGAUUAAAAACGAGUAUUCGGAUAAAACGAUACGAGCCUUGGCGUUGUGUUCGCGGAUAUUUGUUGACGCGACUUUGAAGGGAAAUCUCGGCCGCUUUGUCACUCACUCGUGCACCGCAAAUGCUGAAUUUCAAGUGUGGCUUGUGAAUGGUCGCCUCAAAGCGGGAAUCUUCGCUAGAGAUGAAAUCGAUAAGGAUACAGCGAUUACGGUUUCCUUUUCUCGACAAUCCCCAAUCGAAUGCUUGUGUGAAUGCAAGAAAUGUCUCUCGCAAGCCGCCACUUCUCCAGUUUACAAUAAAGCUGCUCGGAAUCCUCAUUUAGCAAUGGCUGACGAUAUUUGCUUCAAGGAAGAGAGCAUCGUUCAAAAGGAGCGCUUAUUCUUGCUUAGAAAUCGGGCUCUUUUGGUGAAUCGAGCCGUUUGGAAUGGAGCGCCGAUUCGUUUACUGGCAGUGGAUCGAGUGGGUAAAGGGUCGAGGAAUGCAAUGAGACAUGUCCUUCAAUUGAUCGCGAGACGUGCCCGUUAUCCAGACGGAUCAAUGCCAUUGAGGCUACUAAAAUACUACUCAAAGUGCAUCGAAUCUCUCCGUUUUGGCGCUGACAAACGAACGUUCAUCGAGCAUCUGAAAGAAUUCUCCCGAGAAUCGAAUUGCUCAAAACUUCACAAAAAACUUAUCGAUUGUUACUUGGGCAAAAAGGCAAUCACCUCCAGAAUCGAGAUAAAAGAAGAGAUAAAAGAGGAGAAAGACGAGGUGAAGAGCGAGGGAUCACAAAGGGAUGAGAAGCCAAGGAAGCGAUUGUCUGGAGUGAAUUUCGAGUAUCUGCAAUGCGAUCAAUUGAUCGGCUCUUAUGACCCAGACGAUGCUUGGCCAACGGGGAAAGCAAAUGAAUGCGACGAUGCGAUUCGAUGCAUUUGUGGAUCGUUGGAAGAAGAUGGGAAAAUGCUACAGUGUGACGAGUGUCACUACUGGCUGCACAGUGAUUGCAUUGGAAUGGAGCCGAGUGGAGAAGUGAUUGAUGUGAAACAAGAAAUUGCUCAAGAGUCGCUCAGCAAAGCUCCGAAAAUUGAAAUACAAAAGAAACGCCAACGCCAAGCGAAAAGCGUCGAUCGUGAGUCGAAUAGUCGGGCAGAGAUUCAGAACAAUGAAGAUGAAGAGAAACCGUCGACGAGCAAGUGUCAAGAGGUCGACAAUGAAGUGAAUGAUCUGGGAGAGUACAAAUGCAAUUUCUGCAACGGAAAGAUCACCUCAAAUCGACCGUCAACGGAUGUUAUCUUAAAGAAUCAACCCGAAGUGAGCUUUCCCGGCUGUACCUAUUUUAAGGCGCUCGUCAACGAGUACGGGAUCCAGAUUCGAUUAAAUGAAAGCGUUUACGUGGAGAAAUUGACGGGUGAUGAGCACAAAAAAUCCCUAAGAAAGUCUCUCGAACAAUCGGAAGCGGAUAACGAAAAGAAAGUGAAAAGAACACUGAAAAUAAAGAAGCCCUCCUCACAACUUCCAAUCCGAGAGUUCUCACGUCAAAAUGUUGGCAUCAUGCGGGUGGAGCGGUUGAUCUUGACGAGCGAUGGGAAGAGAUGGAUCUUCGGUUUCUAUUAUGCCCGUCCACACGAGACAUUCAAGGAUCCGACGAGGAAAUUCCAUCCAAAUGAGGUGCUCUCCACUCAAAUGUAUGAUACAUUGCCAUUAAAUGCAGCGGUUGGGCGAUGUUCGGUGCUGAAAUCCUCAAUCUGGACAGAGGGAUACCCAUCGAUUCCACGACUUUUGGUAAGGUUUUUGACAAGAUGGAAAGUA